GGACGGUGCCCCCCCGGUUCGCCAAGCUCUUGCGCGACGUCUUACAGAGAUCAUUGCGCAGUCUGAUGAAGUCCAUUGGUGUCUGAAAAUAGGACACACAAGCAAGAAGCACGCUGCGCGCUUUCCGUGUAGCUGAUGAUACCAUGUCCACCGCCGAGUCGCCGCCGCACCGUCGCGAGACGAGCAGCCAUGGCGGCGCGCCCGAAAACAUCGGCGCCGCACGACGGCCGCCUGUCCCUGGCGGUCCCGACAUCGCCCUCCGCAGCCCCGCCGUGGGUAGCGGCACGCGGCCGGCGAAGCACAUCAGCACGCGGGGCUUGUUCGCCUUCUGCUUCUGGUGCGCGGUGUGCGGCGGCAGCAUCUACGCGUUCGGGAGCUUUGCGGUAGAGCUGAAGCAGCGCUGCCAAAACUGGGGCGUGGCGCAGACCAACCUGAUCUACUCGCUCGGCCAGUUCGGGAACAGCGGCCUGGGGCUGCUGGUCGCCCUGCUCUACCGGUACAGCGAGCGCGGCGCCCGGAACUGCAUGGUCUACGCGGUGACCUGCAUCCUGGCCGGGACGUUCCUGUUUCUCUUCGGCGUCCGCUGCUUGACAACAAACCACCGCGCAACAACUACUGGCGCGGGGGCCAGCACACCACCGGACAGUGCGACGCCGGGGCUCUUCACAAUCGAAUUGCUUCGCUAUUACGUGUUUGGCGCCGGUGGUGACGAUACAACAGGCGAUUUGGAUUUACCUUCUUCUUAAUACAUGUAAACAUGUUUCUUGGGUCGCCUGAGUACUUACUUGUGAAGAAGAAGAUGCUAGUUUCUGAAUACUGAAGGGGGCAUUGCAAUUAUGCACAGCCGUGAAAAGUUUGUGGGGGGCUAGGUGUUGCGGACUAUUCCGCAUGACAAGUCGCGCUCGCGCCCUUGUACGUCAAACAAAAAUACGGUUGAUGUACUUCACAAACUCCACAGGCAUCUAAGAGCAGCAUGAAAAAUCUCGUAAUCUUCCAGAGGUCCCAAACAGAUUUGCACUGGACCACACUGCCCGCAGUUCCCACUUUAAGCCCGUAGCAGACGACCACCCGGAAGACUCCAGCGGCAGUCCUGCCCAUCCCAUUCCACGGUGGGGGACCGCGCCGGAGGUGGAACAACUCGCCGCCGAUCCAGAGUCCGACACGGCACUCAGUGCCACUUUGAACGACCUCUUCGGGCAGAGCCAGCAGUGCACCUGCGCCGAGAACAGUUGGGUGGCGGCCGUCGGCUACUUUCUGAUCCAGCAGGGCGGCUGUGCCAUCUACCAGUGCGGCUUGUUUUACCAGCUCGGCCAAGCGAAGCCCGAGCGCGCGGCCAUGCUGAGCGGCCUGAUCACGAGCGGAAACGUAUCCUGAGUAAAAACGUCCCCACACCAGAGUCAGGAUGGGGAUUUAGCAACACAAACCUAGGAGUUUUGGGAGUCACGCGUGACAAGUUGCACUCCGCAGUGUAGUGCAGAUUAGCAAGUGCAGCCGCGUCACAGAUUCGUCUGCUCAUCCUGUUCACAGCAUCACAAAUUCCAAAACACGACUGGAAAUGGCUCUCAUGGGGAUGCGCAUUACAAGUCUUCCUGUCUUAGCAAAUCUGCAUUACAACUCUGGUGUGGGGACGUUUUUACUCAGGAUAAAACGGGCUGUCGGCGUUCAUUUGGUCGCUUUACUUCAAGUACGAGAGUUGUUGUUGGCGGGCACGACCUUCCCAUUCGUUUUGUGGUCAUGCAAAAACGCAAUCUUUUCAGCGCAAUCUACUUCAUGAUCGGUGAGAAGGCACAACACCACCCCAAACAGCGCUAAGACCCUUUUGUAUCAAUGCAAAAUCUGUGAUGUUUAUUAUCAUGUUGCAGACCGUGCAUUUCUUAUUCUUUUUCUGCUACCCGUAGAAAGUAAGUCUUUUCCCUGCUGUCCUCGUCCUACCUUCUAAAGAAACGAGGGGGGGGAGGAUGUGGUCUGACUUUGACACUCGCAUACCAUUUUUGUUUGUUUUCAGUCCACGUUUGCGUUCUUCGUCAGCACCGCGGCGCUAUCAAAUGCAAAAGUGUCUGGGUCUGGAACAAAGCAACUUGUCAUGCUAAAUCUGAAUCAUGUAAAAAUCUGUGUUGCGUGAUUGCCUAAAGCUGUCAACUUUUGACCUAAUCGAGAGGCAGUUUCUCAUGCAGGAUAGACAUGAUAGAACUCUCGCUGAAUCUGUAAUGCUAUGUCCUACGGGCCAGACCUCAUGGGUCAGGGAAAACCUAGUAGCCAAAACAAACUGCCACUAUAAAAAAAAAAAACCUGCAUGACAAGUCUGGCAUUCUUCCAGGAGACCCAGACAAUUUUGCAGUUGAUAGGCGCUCUGGAUCGGCACCGCACUGCUCGGCCUGGUGCGCGUAUUCCAAUCCGCAGAAGAAAGAAGGAACAAUGGGAGCAGCGGUGGUAGUCCCAGUCCUGCAUUUCAAGAACCGGAAAGCAACACGCGGAUCAGCGUCCCGGCGACGUAUGGUGAGCAAAAACGUCCCCACCCCAAAGUCAAGAUGGGAAAUCUGCUAGACAAAGCACCAGGCUUUGGCUGUUGCGCGUGACAAAUUUGGGCCCGUGAUGUAGUCGCUGUUAGCUAGUGCAGCAGCGUCACAGAUCUAGCGGAGCAUGCGUAUUGGAGCAUGAUAAAUUUCGAAACACCAUCAGAAACUGCUCUUCGUGGGUCUUCGCAUGAGAAACAUUUUCAGCGUGCAGACUUGCAUUACAGCUCUGGGGUGGUGACGUUUUUACAAAUGAUACGACGACCUUCUCCAUCACUCCAACCGGGAGAACGUCGCUGUCCUCCUCGUCCGCGUCGGUGCACUAUGCAUUGCAAAAGUAUCGUACUCGUAUACAUGCAUUACAAAUUUCCUCAGCAUGAGAAAUAAAGUUUGUAAAAAAAUGCGGAUUUAGCUUAAGAAAAAAAAUGCAUGACUGCAAUUACUACGACUGCGAUACUUUUGCACAGGAUAUGCACAAUCGACAACUGGGAACUGCAGCCGCGGAGCACCAUGCUGCGGAUGGUUCCGAGGAUAGUACUACACGUCCGGAGAAAAAUCAUGUUGUACACGACAGAAACGGCUCCAGUAACGUUUUCAACCAGCGAAAUAGUACUAACGAAGAGCGACUGUAUGCCGAUGUCCGUAAUUUCGAUGGUGCGCCGCCUCCGGAGGAGGACGUGCAAAACACCCGGUCCUCCUCUUCGUCCGCCGUGACUACCGGGAGCGGCGUGCCCCUGGACGCCGCAGACGUCGAGAAUUACAAUUAUAAUCCGGCGACCCUGCAAUUCCGCUCGGUAUUGCAAGGGAAAAUGGUCCUCCCUAGAACAAGUGCUCCUAUAUUCGAAAGUGAAGUAGUUGUCUGUGAAAGCACUUCGUUUUGGAUAUAGGGGCGUCCUCGAGUGGGGAUAAUUUUUCAUUUUGAUACUCGACCUCCGGAACGCUGAGCGCGGUGCCGCCGCCACCAGUGCCGCUGUACACCAGUUCCUCCGACGAGCAGCGACUCACGACGGGGAACAGUUUAUCCUGUGUAAAAGCGUCCACACCCAAUGGUUGUCAUGCGAAUCUGCUGCAUGGUGAAAAUUAAAUGUUGUCUCUCAUGCGGAGCCCCAUGAGACGCAUUUUCGAGCGCUGUUCGAUGAAAUUUGUGAUGCUACAAUCAGCAUGAGACACUAGACUUGUGAUGCUGCUGCACUAGCUAAACGGGAUUACAUUCCGAGCCCAAAUCUGUCAUGCGAAACAGCCAAAGCUUGCUAAUUUGUCUUGCAGAUGAUGAAGAUUUUCCGACUGGACUAUGGGGUGGGGACGUUCUUUUUACUCAGGAUACAGUUCACCAAAAAGCAUCGCCGCCUUCUCCAGCGAGGAUAUGGGAGGUGGGAGUGGCAUAUCCUGUGCAAAAGUAUCGUACUCGUAUGGGAAUCAUGCAUUACAAAUCUUUUCCUUAAGGGUAAUCAGCAUUAUUCAUGCUGAGGAAAUUUGUAAUGCAUUUAUACGAGCGCGAUACUUUUGCACUGCAUAUGGCAACACCGCUUACACCGUCCCCUUGUUGCAGAAGGAACACCAGCCGUUAUCAAAUGUAAAAAUGUCUGGGUCUGGAAGAAUGCCAGACUUGUCAUGCAGGUUUUCCAUGACCCAUGGGAUCUGGUAUAUAGGACAUAGCAUGACAGAUUCUGUGAGAGUUCUAUCAUGCCUAUCCUGCAUGAGAAACUCCCUCCCGACUUGGUCAAAAGUGGACAGCUUUUGGCAAUCAUGCAACACAGAUUCUUACAUGCUUCAGAUUUAGCAUGACAAGUUGUAUUCCUCCAGACCCAGACAUUUUUGCAUUUGAUAGCCGUUGCCGCGACACCACUCGGACUCUUUCUACGCGCAGCACCUGUUGAAGCAGAGCACGUCCGCCCACCUGUUGCCGCCGGUUCCGGAGGACUUUUGUCGGCAGACCUCGGACCCGACCGAAGUCUUUUCCUCCUACCCCCAACAAGUCGUCAGGAGACGGGCGAUUUCUAUGGAGUAUAUAUUGAGCGUCAGAAGAUACUAGAUGCCAAGCUGAUGAUUUUUUGGGUUCUUCAGCGAAUGUUGCAAAAAACUUGUCAAAGCUUUGCCUGAGUAAUUUCUUUCACUUUGAUGGUGCACUUCUAUGUGGUGCGGUACUAGCUACUUUUUCUCGUAGUUUCGUGUUCAUUUUUUUCCCUAUGCAAAGAGUCGUUCCUCUACAAGAACAACUCCAGGCUUCCGCGGCAGCAGUCGGAGGGGCUUUUCAAAGCCAUUGCGCGGGAAAGUCUGGCGCGUUUGGUGGAGGUGAGCCCGUUUAUCAAAUGCAAAAAUGUCUGGGUCUGGAAGAUUCCGAGACUUGUCAUGCAGAUUUUCCAUGAUCCAUGUUAUCUGGAGUGCAGGACCUAGCAUGACAGAUUCUGCGGGAUCCCUAUCAUGCGUAUCCUGCAUGAGAAACUUCCUCGCAACUUCGUCAAAAGUGGGCAACUUUUGGCAUUCAUGCAACACAGAUUUUUGCAUGAUCCAGAAUUAGCAUCACAAGCUCCAACCUUCCAGACCCAGACAUCACAUUUUUACAUUUGAUACCGUUGGAGGACGCGCUGGUGGUGCGCAGACGAGGUUCCGCGCCGUCCCGCCCGCUGGAAGUUUCCACCACCGAGAUGCUUUCUUCCGUCUGCUACUGGUGCGUGGCGGGGCAGUUUGCGCUGCUGCAGGGCGUAUCAAAUGUAAAAGUGUCUGGGUCUGGAAGAGUGCGCGAUUUGUCAUGCAGCUUUUCCAUGACCCAUGAAGCCGGGAAUGCAGGACCUAGCAUGACAGAUUUUGCGCGAUCUCUCUCGUGCCUAUCCUGCAUGAGGAACUCCCUCCCGACUUGGUCAAAACUGGACGACUUUUGGUAAUCAUGUGUAACAGUUGAAACGGAGCCCCCGGAAAGUCCGGAACCCUCCGUACAAACCGGCACCUGAAUAUAAUUUAUGCUAUUGGAAAACAACGACAUUGUGCAUUUUUUAUACAAAUGUAGGUUUUGCAGGGGUACCCAUUCACACCGUACUGGGUUACAGAUUACACAGUACGGGCCCGGACGAAUCAGGUCAGCCCGUUUGAAACAGGUCAGCCCGUACCCGAAACAGCACAAAAUAACCUCGGCAGCCGGGUGCGCUUCGCGCUGCCGCGGCGCCCGUCAAAUUAAAAGACCGCGCAAGCAGCUCGGUUACGCGCCGCAGCCUCAGCCUCAUUCGCGACAAGCUGCAUAUAACUGGGUCAGCUAGCCCACAACAACAUGUCGCCGCGAGUCCGCUUGCGCACGCUAUCAAUUCGUUUGAGUUGCGCUGAAUGUCCGUCGGUUGGUCCAGCGAACCACUGUCAAAGCGCCGCUACGGCGCCAACGGUGCAACCGCCAGCAGAAACAUAACAAAGCCGGCCCUUCGUUCCGCAUAGUCGCUACUGCCUCAUCGCGCGCGCGCGCGCUAUGUCGCCAGCUCGUCGCCCGCCUCUCGUCUCCCAUGUCGUGUCGGCCGACAGGGCGCGGGCGUGGCUGCGGCACAUGACAGGCACGCGCCCUCGUCGCUCGGUCUGCACACCUCCGUCGCGGUCGCCGCACCUUCUCUACUUUUUGCGGUACGGAGGUACCGAUUUUCACACUGGCUUUAUGUAUGCUUUCUACAUUUCCCAGUGUGUUUUUUUGAGAAAUCAUACUUUUCUUCCAUACAUAUUGCUCCUGGAGGUACCCGAUUGUCCAGGGGUACCAGUUUGAUCAGUUUCACAUGCAACACAGAUGUUUGCAUGCUUCAGAUUUAGCAUGACAAGUUGCAUUCUUCCAGACCCAGACACUUUUACAUUUGACAGGGCGUCUGCUCCGGCUUUUUCCUCGCGAACGGCGACAACCUCGCGCUCGUGUACCAUUACGACGAGGACGUUGCGCAGCUGCUGCAGGCCCAGUCGCUGGUGAACUCGGCGGCGCGCAUUUUUUUCGGGUUUCUGAUGCAGGCUGGCAUGCUAUGAGAUUGUAUACUUAGCCCCCCCCCUCGUCCCUCUAAUUUGAUGUACUAUGGCAUGAACAGCAAUACAACCACCAGCGCACGUGGGGCUGAAGCAUGACAAAUUUAUGCACCUAAUGCAAGUAGAAGUACUGUUUGGGCUUCCGAAAUUUGUCAUGCAAACAGUGCCACCAGGCAGCGACAGGAUUCAAAAUUUUGCAUGACAAAUAAACGAGAGGGGGAGUUGUGCCAGUGUCAUACGUGCGAUCGGAGUGGCGCGUGGAGUUCGCGCGGCACCUGCUGCUCACCAUGUUGGCCUGCUACCUCUCCCUGCUCUUUGUCGAGACGCGACCGCUGCUGAGCUUUUCGUUUCUGGGUAUCGGGUUCGGGGGCAAUUGGGCGAUCCUUCCGGCGAUUUUGACGUCAUGGUACGGCCGAGGGAACGUGGCGGUUGGCUUCAACGUCGCCUGUCUCGUGUUCGUCCUGCUGGGCAUACGUCGGAAAAAAAGCAUUUUGUUAAGUGUAGUAAGGCUGCCAUCCAGAAAAAGAAUUAUGCAAAAUCACUCAAACAGUACCCACAACUUGUCAUGCCAGACAACCACGAAAAAAUCCUCUUUUCAUAUAAUGUUGGCACCAUCUUCAUGUACGAGCGCAGUGCACGAUAGGUUUUGGCAUCUCUGCCCUGCAGAGCAAAUUUGUGAUGCUGUCGCGCGAAGAUGACGCCUCUACAUUAGCAUGCCUACUUGUUUUUUCCUUGGAUACUGCAACCUGUUGGCCGCGCUCUUUGUCUACGUGGAUCGGGUGAUAUGAGAGUGCACAACUCCCCCUUCCCCUCAUUUGUAAUGCAAAAUACCAAUGGCAAUCGCAAUGCCACACCUUGCCUCUAAGCACAGUUUGCAUGACAAAUUUUGGAUCCUUCAUCACUACUACAAUCCGCGUGCAGAUUUGUCAUGCAGAAGCCACAUGUCUGGCGUUGCUUGUGUUGCUGCUCAUGCCAUGGAGGGGUUGUGCACUCUCAUAGGUGAAAAGUAUCGAGGCCGGCGUCGGCUUGAUGCACAAGGGGUCUCUGGCCUUGGUCUACGCAUUCGCAAAAGUAAAAAAUAUUGUCGUACCAGUGUACUAGGUUGAAUAAAAAAUCAAAAUCGAGUUUGCCAGCAUGCUAAGAAAGGGAAUUUGCUUAACAGAGAUUAAAAACAACAAACAUACCUGUCUGGUCUAGGCAUGAUAGACUGUGAUGAGUACGGCUGCGAUGGUAGUACAACUUUUGUGGUGCAUACGCUCGGCUGUUCCGCGGCCCUCGGGGCCGUUCUUGUCCGGUUGCGACCCUGCCGCACGCAGGACGGGCAAACGCUCACCACCGUGCGGGUGCCCAGCUGUGCGCGAACCUGAGGAGGCAUUCGGAAACAGCUCCGAAGGUGGUGUAGUGGUGAUGGGCUGUUGAUAUCCAUGAAGACGAGCAGGUCAUCAACCUUUUGUGAACGCUGGAGCGGGCGCGGCGCAGCCAGGUAUUGCGGUCCUCCUGGGCGGGUCUCAACUGGAUUCUGUUGCGCGAUGCUGGUUGAUAGACUUGAGGAUUUCAUUGCGCCGCCGUCCCCCACCUGUCUCCGGGACGAGGCAUGUGUGUAGGUUGAGGUCUGAUCAAGACGAGAAUAAAGCAAUUCGCUGUUGUAGAAAUUGUUACGUAAAUAAGGUGAAUCAAACCGAAGGCACGCGAAGAGAAAGCCCUCCUCAUUUGUGACACAACUCCGCAUAAGUAGAGACAGAAUCGAAAAGUAGAUGCAGGGUAGGCACAAGAAGAUGAAAGAGGCAAACAAGGGGAUUUAUUUUCGAAGUUUCUGUUUCGCCGUUCUUCAUCUCGACGCAUUGAAAGCAAAGACGUUGAUUUGUGCAUCAAUCUCGAACGUAUUUCAAAAUACGUGUCUGUUUCAAAUGCAGAGGCAAAUGCACAACUUCGAACCUUCACCGC